UCCCUUUGGAGCAUGGCAAAACAAGCCUAAACUAGAUAGCCGUUUCAUUCAGGAUGUGAAUGUAUUGGAUGGUACCAUGAUGUCUCCAUGCACCUCAUUUACUAAGAUUUGGCGGAUGCGGAACAAUGGUACUUUGGUGUGGGCUCGUGGAACGCAGCUUUUGUGGAUUGACGGAGACAGAUUUAGUCCUACAGUGAGGGUUGAAUUAGAGGUUCCUCCUUGUGGGGUGCCUCCGAAUGGAGAACUUAAUGUAGCAGUUGAUUUUACUGCACCUCAGUUACCAGGUCGAUAUAUUUCUUAUUGGAGGAUGGCAUCACCAUUAGGUGUUAAAUUUGGACAACGAGUUUGGGUUCUUAUAGAGGUCCAGGACCUUGCAUCUGACUUUUUGCGUGACACAGUUCCUAACUUCUUGGGUCUGAAUUUGAAUGCAUCGCCUAUUAGCCUUAUGCCUAAUGACUUUGGCGGUAUAGACAUAACUCUGCAGCCCACUCUGGAUGACCUUUCCCGGGAGUGUCACAGAAGCUCAAACAGAUACACUCAACCUGCAAAGUCAGCUGAUGAUGAACAACUAACAGAAGAGGAACUGAACGCCUUCAAGAAUUAUUGCAUGCCAGAUGCUUAUCCUUUCGGCCCGCAACAUGCUCCUUCAUCUUCAUUUGUAUCAUACCGAAUGCCAGAGUAUCCUUUAGCUCCUCAACAGGCCCCUUCAUCUUCAUCUGUAUCUUACAGAAUGCCAGAGUAUCCUUUAGCUCCUCAACAAGCCCCUUCAUCUUCAUCUAUAUCGCACCCCAUUAGUGAUCUCAAGGAAAAAGCCCUAGCAGAGACUUCCAAUCCAUCUCCUUCUGUUAAGGGUGUGCCAUUAUCAUUAGAUGAUGUUGGGAAGAGCCUGUUUAAACAACUUGAGGACAAGUGUUUCAAUCCAUCUCCUUCUGUUACGGGUGUGCCAUUAUCGUCAGGUGAUGUUGAGAAGAGCCUGCUUAAACAACUCGAGGAGAUUUGUUUCAGUCCAUCUCCUUCUGUUACGGAUGAGCCAUUAUCAUCAGAUGAUGUUGAGAAGACCCUGCUUAAAGAACUCGAGGAAAUGGGUUUCAAGGAGAUUGAUUUGAACAAGGAGAUACUGAGGACCAACGGUUACAACUUGGAGCAGUCUGUUGAUGCUCUUUGUGGUGUUUCAGAGUGGGAUACGAUCCUUGAGGAGCUGCAGGAGAUGGGUUUUUGUGAUAAAGAAACCAACAAAAUGCUGCUGAAGAAGAACAAUGGGAGCAUCAAAGCCGUGGUCAUGGAUCUCCUUUCUGGGAAGAAAGCUUAAUCAAUAGGAGGUUCUUACGGCAGGAAGUUAGAUACUCGAUAUAUAUAAAUAAAUAAUAUAGACAUGAUAUAUUGGUUAUUUAUGUACUCCUAAAUGGAUAUUUUAAUAUAUGCAUGGUAACUAAAUAAAGUGGGAUAAUGAACUUAAGCGUGGUUUUACAAUGA